GUUUUGAUUUUUCUGCCUGCUGGUGUAAAAUCCCAGAUCCCCACAUCUCCACAUUGUUUGUAAGAUGUGAGAUUGUGAGAUGUUUCUGAGGGUUGUGUUUUUGUAAGAAGCUACAGAAUCCCAUUCAGAGUAAACGUUAAAGAAGUGUCUGGUGUGGCCGUGACCUCGGGUUACUAAUUCUUGCAAUGCAGAACAAAGGAAUCUGCUGUGACUUUUCCGAACCGCUGGUGACAUGCAGUUGGUGAUUAACUUUUUUCUAACUAAGGUUGUUUAAAUGAAACCCACACGAUGACCUAACAUGGCGACUGAGAUGAUAAAAAUGGCUUCUGUUUGAACAAGAAGACUACAGUUGUUAACUUUUGGGAGUUGCCUGCAGAGCCAACACAGCAAAAGCUGCCUCUCAGAUAAGGUGGACAAAGUCUUUUUAUACUCCCUCAUCAAACAGAUGAUGGCAUGUGAAGUUGUAGCUGGUGCAAAUGCUAUUUCUCCUUCUAGAUUUCAUCUGAAGUUCCUCAGAUCUGAUCAUUUGACCUAAUUUGACCCCAUUUGUCGUUCAGCUUUUACUUUUUCCGCUCGUCUUUCCAUGUCCAGCAAGCAAAACUCGAGCUCAGCUUGCAGCGGCCUGUUGCCUCAUCAAGUUUUAAUAUGAGCCGCUUGUCCAGGUCUGAUUAGUCUUUUCAACAGUCCUCUUUUAUUUUUUUGUGUCUAUUGCCUAUAUCCGCUGGCUGUUUUGUGUACUCAGUCCAACCCCCACAGCUCAAACUCCACAUACACAGACAGCUUUAUGAGCCCGGACGGAACACGGAGAGCGUUAAUUCUGCCUCGUUUUAAUGGUGUCUUUAUUGAGCCAAAUGCAUUUUAGGUUUAAGGAACAAAAGUAAGCAGCUUUGAAUUUCGUGAAUGACCUUUUUAUGCCUUAGGAGUUUGUGGCGUAAACCGUCAAAGCUGCUAACGCCUCUUUACUGCAGGUUUAGAACAUGUGUGCUGUGCCGCGGCUCCUCAGAUGGCCCUUUGCCGUUUCUUCAAAGUUUUGUACUUUUUCUGCUUAAUUUUGUUUUGGUGAAAAGUACCUGGCAACUUGUGGGAUUUCUCAUGGAGGACUCCAAGCUGCCCCACCACGUCAGGAACAAUCUCCUUGACCUGUUUGGCCAGAUUGAGCGCGAGUUUGAAAAUCUCUACAUUGAAAACCUCGAUUUGCGGCGGGAAAUCGACUCGCUGAACGAGCGGCUGACUGGAGACGGGCAGACGGUUGAUGGAGGAGACCCCACCAAAGGAGCUCUGAAAGCUAAAGCCAGCCACAGUACCAGCCAGCUGUCACAGAAGCUGAAGACCACCUACAAGGCCUCGACCAGCAAGUGCUUAUGCACUUUCCAGCACAAAUUAGGUGGAGCGCGCAGCUUCACCACAUGGGAGUUGUGGGGCGGAGAUUCAUGGAUCGUGUCCAGCUUCAAGGCCACCACAGGCUCCCGGGCUCUGUGUCAGCUGCUGAAGGAGUAUGUGGGCCAUCGAGAUGGGAUCUGGGACCUGAGCGUCACCCGAACGCAACCGGUGGUGCUCGGCACGGCUUCUGCUGAUCACUCUGCGCUGCUGUGGAGUAUAGAAACAGGAAAGUGUCUGUUGAAGUACUGCGGCCAUGCAGGAUCAGUGAACUCCAUCAAAUUCCACCCGACAGAGCAGAUGGCGCUCACAGCCUCUGGAGAUCAGACGGCUCACAUCUGGCGCUACAUGGUGCAGCUCCCCGCCCCGCAGCCACCACCAGAUGUCACUGCUCUGUGCGAUGAUGACCAGGACUCUUCGGAUAGAGAGGAGGGCGAGGUGGACGGAGAAGGUCCAUGCGAGGUCCCCACGGUCAGGGUUGCCACAGCAACGCUGAAGAGCCACCAGAGCGUGGUGAUCACUGCUGACUGGCUGGUAGGAGGACGACAGGUGGUGACGGCUUCUUGGGAUCGGGCUGCCAACCUGUACGAGGUGGAGACAUCAGAACUUGUUCACACACUCACUGGCCAUGACCAGGAGCUGACCCACUGCUGCACACACCCCACCCAGCGCCUCGUGGUCACGUCAUCUAGAGACACCACCUUCAGACUGUGGGACUUCAGAGACCCGUCAAUCCACUCGGUCAACGUCUUUCAGGGACACACGGACACCGUAACGUCGGCCGUGUUCACCACGGGAGACAACGUGGUCUCAGGAAGUGACGAUCGCACAGUCAAGGUGUGGGAUCUGAAGAACAUGAGGUCGCCCAUAACGACCAUCCGCACCGACUCGGCUGUGAACAGGAUUAGCGUCUCUGCCAACCAGAGGAUCAUCGCCCUACCACACGACAAUCGGCAAGUCCGGCUGUUCGACAUGAGCGGAGUGAGACUGGCCCGACUUCCACGCAGCAACAGGAUGGGUCACAGGCGGAUGGUGUGCUGCACCGCGUGGAACGAGGAGAAUCAGACCUGCAACCUCUUCACCUGUGGCUUUGACCGGCAGGCCAUUGGUUGGAACAUCAACAUCCCCGCCCUGCUGCAGGAGAAGUGACCGACCCCGACCCCCCCCAUGUACAUAGAGCAUGGUACAAACCAACACUGGAAUCUGCUGCCUCGAACAUGCCAGCACGCCAAACGUUUGGAGCGCUAAAGCGGAGAAGACAUCAUGCGUCUUCUGGGUUUCUGAGCGUGCAGCUGUCAGAUGAUGUCAGAUUUACUCCCCUGUUUGGUGACUCGGCUGGCAUGAGCGAGGCCGCAGAGUUUCCGUUUCCGCCUCCUCCUCCCUCCACGUGGAUGGUGACGCGGCUCAGCCCUCCUCUGUGUGGAACAUAUUUGAGUCUGCGUUUGUGCGCCGUUCGUUCCCGCCACUGUUCACCACCGUUCACUCGUUCCCGCUUCUGCAUGUCGACCGUCUCAAGUGUUUCAAUCGACAAGAAUGGCGUUGCAGACAGAAGAAGGCGUGUACUUAGGAUGGAGUGGCCCGUCUGCCGCUUCAGGGAGGAGCUCAGCCAGACGGUUUUAUCAUUUAAUCUCACUGAAUGAAACAUAUCACACCCCUGACCCGCCCGCCGCUCUACCUGCCCGGAGAGGGCCGGCCCGCUGUGUCGUCUUAAAACCGAUGCCUAAUUUAGUUUUGUUUUUGUGCCCUUGCCUCUUAUUUUUGACACUUUUAGUCGUGCGCCACGCUUCCAGAUGUUGUCAAACUUUACUCUGCCUUGUUCCAUGUUUACAAAGCCUUUUCUUUUCAUACAUAAAUAUAUAUAUUUGGGUUUAUUCCGCCUCUCUGAUGGGAUGCAAAGUGUCAAGGGCGUUGCAAUAAAGGCAGACUUCAAUGCAGUAUUCUCAAUACUUCGCUGGUUCUGAUUCCAAGUCGUGCCGCCAGUGACAUCGUCUGUGUUGCUGUAAAGUGUGAUCCCAAAGUGAACUUGUUGGUUACUGUUUGUGCCUGUCCACACGAAAACACCAUUUUGACCUUGUUCAGGUUUCCUUUCUUUUAAAGAAACAGAAGCAAUAGCCGAGCUUCAAGCCUUGUUCUUUUUUUAUUUUUAUUUUUUAACCAUUUAUUUUUCCUGAAACUCAAACACUGAAUUUGACGGAGUAUUCGGGUCACCAUAGAAGAAGAAGAAACAAAUAUAUGAGAGUAAGGUCGCAAAAGGAUUGGAAAAAAUCUAAAUUAUACUUGGAAAAAGUACAAUUCUGAGAAAAAUGUUGUACAAUGAUGAGCAUUAAGUCAAAAUUGAAAGGAUAACGCUGUACAAUGACUUGAGUCUUUACAAAUGUUGUAAACUUAUUGUUACAUUUAGCUUUUAAAUUGUUUCAACGACAAUCCAACUUUACCCAUGCUGACAAAUCGGAUGGAUAUCACAUUGCUUAAGAUUUUUGCUGAACUACUUCACUUUUAUUUAUAAAUGUACAACUUAAUUUUCAUAAAAUAACAAUUCUUUUUUUGGAACAUGAAUGAUUUUUUAACUUUUAAAAUGAUGACUUUUUAAACAGUAAAUUUAUGACAGUAUUCUCCAAAAAAUGUUCAUUUGUCUCUAAUUGAUAAAUUUUAACUUUAAAAAAAAUAUUGUACCAAUUAAUUCUUAUGUUGGAAUUUUUUUCCUCAUAAUUUUGUGACUUAAUUCUCAUAUAUUUAUUUCUUCUUUUUUUUAUGAGGCCCUAAUCCUCCGUUUAUUUAAGCAUGCCUGGAUUUAAGCAAACGUGGUUUGUUACACUUGUGCAAUAGGCUAAAAAUGAACCGAUGCUGUGGUUUUUAACUUAUUUCAGUGCUGUAGAUCCUUACAAAAAAAGCUGUACUUGCAUAUUUGACUGGUAUUGAUGUACUGUAGCUCAGUGUACAUAAGUGUGUUGAAGUCACUUCAUUGCCGUUUCUGCAGAUAAAAGCCUCGUUAUGCAUUUAGAUGUAGCAUAAAAUGGAAUAAAUUUGCCUUAUAUUUCCUUGUAAGACGGUGCAGAAAUGUUAUCCUUCUGAGCAUCUUCCAAAUGCUUGUUAGAGAACUUAAUUGUGGCCUGCAGCACGGUGCAGAUCUCAUUCUUCUUUUUUUUCCUGUUCCAUUCAUAGAAGUCAAUCUUGCGUCCGCUGGUAUCAGUGUCAUUUUAAUCUGCGGCUGGAACAGGAACGUGAGGCCUGCUUAUGAAAUUCCAACUGGAGGAAAUGUGAUUUUUGGCUCGAUACAUGAAAUUACUGCAGGAGGAGAAGGAAAAAAAAAAAAAAAGAAUGGGCUUCGGCUCACAAAAGUGAAUUUCUAUUCAACUCCAGCUGUGUUAUGUGAUCUACUUUACAUACUUUAUUGUGACUGUUUCGUGCUCUGACGUUUUUUGAAUAAAAAAGUGAUUUUCCCCUUUUUUCCCACA